AUGGAGGCAACAAGGCUCGGGUUUGUGAUACUUGACGAUGAACUUCCCAUCUUGUUUGGGUCUAGAGGUGAUAUCAGCUCGGCCUCACCUCUCCAUGCGGAAGCGGAAGGAAUAAUUUGGGCAGUGCAGGAGUUAAUAAAAAUUGGGAGAAGCGAGAUACAACUCCUUUCAGACUGCGAACAACUUGUGAAGCUCAUCCACACAGACAUGGAAUGGCCAGCACUAGCGCCGGAGCUGGACGAAAUCAAAGCAUUAUCCAAUGAAUUUUCAAGCUUCUCUAUAGCUACUAUUCCAAGAACUCUAAAUGCACAGGCGGGUUCCCUCGCCAAAAGUGGCCAAUCACGCAAGGUAAGCCCCCUCGUUAGUGUCUCAGCGCCCACAUGGCUAGCCCAUGGAGCUAGUCUAACGGCAGCAGAGUAG